UUGCGGGGGUUGCUGGGAAAUGGGGGAAAAGAUCCAUACAUCCGGGCAACCUGUCUGACAGACUUCAAUUUCCAAGCUGCACGGGAAAGAAUGAAAGUGUGAACGCAAAUGAUCUGUUAAGAAAUUAACACGAUACUGAAGAAAUUAAUCUACGCGAUUUACAGCUCGUUUCAGUGGCUUGGAGUCUAGCAAUGAAAUAGAAUCCAGAGACUGUGGAUGUAUUGACCAGAGUGGAGUACGCAGAUGUGAGAAGGAACCGGGCUACACGAAUUGGACAGUUUGACACCCUGUCUCUGGAGACAAACCUGCCGCUGGAGACAAACCUGCUGCUGCCCCCCCUUUCUCCCCUGCCUGUCCACAUACAUGUUCUUACAUGAAGAGAGGGGAGAAACCCGAAGGAUACCGACAGAUGCGACCCAAGACCUUUCCCGCCAGCAACUACAGUGGCAGCAGUCAGCAGAUGCUGCAGGAGAUCCGGGAGAGCCUGCGGAACCUCUCCCGGCCCUCGGACCCUGCCAAGAUGGACCCGGGCCCUGGGGCCGGGAAGGCGCCGGCCGAGGACGUCAGGCAGCAGGGCCGGACCAGCAACCCCAAGCACCCCUACCACAAGGCCCUGCAGGAGAUCCGCAAGUCCCUGAUGCCCUUCGCCAACGAGCCCAGCUCGUCCGCCCGCGGCACGGAGGUCAACAAGCAGAUGCUGCUGGAGCUGCAGAACGCAGGCUUUGAGGAGGAGAUGGUGAUCCGCGCCCUGAAGCAGACCAACAGCUGCAGCGUGGAGGCGGCCAUCGAGUACAUCAGUAAGAUGAGCUACCAGGACCCGUGGAGGGAGCAGAUGGUGGCCGCGGCCGCCCGGCCCGUCAACGCGGGAAUGAAAGCACCCUGUACAGCCCACAUCCAGCAGCCUGUGCUGAGGAAGCCGAGCCUGAAGGGCUCCAAGGAGUCCUUGGUUUCCCAGAGGCACGGGCACCUUGUGGUGGAUGGAAUGAUGUACCACCCCGACAGCCAAGGUUCCCAGGGGGACAUGGCAGGACGGGCACCCCCAGCCUUCGCUCAGGGUCACCCCGGAAACGGUCAGAGGGUGAACCCUCCCCUGCCCCCCCAGGUGCGCAGCGUCACGCCUCCCCCAAACAGAGGCACGACCCCACCCCCGCCGUCAUGGGAGACCAACCCCUCCACCAAGCGCUUCUCCGGCAACAUGGACUUCCUGGUGCCCCGCACCUCUCCUGUCCCACCGGGAUCCUGGUCCGAAGGAUACUCCGCCCCCUCCUCCCAGAACCAGAGGGGCAUCAGUCCGGUUCUGGUGGGUCGCCAGCCUAUUAUCAUGCCCAGCUCCGGGGGCAACAAGUUCAGCUUUCCCCCCAGCUGGCCCCAGGGCGGCUCGGGGCAGCCGGACUACAUGGGGCACCAGAAUGUGGCCCUGAGCGGCGGAGGUGGGCGCCAGCCCCCGCCCCCGUACCCCAUGAACCAGGGCAGCCGGCAGAGCCCCACGGCCCUGCAGAUGCAGGCGGGUGGCCCCGCGUCUUCCCCCUCCUACGUCAGUGGCGGGAACCUCCCCCAGUCCAUGCUGGUGCCCAACCGCAGCAGCCACAACCUGGACCUGUACAACCUGAGCGUCCCCGGCCUGCCCCCGUCCUGGCCCCAGCCCUCCCCCGAGGCCCCGCCCUCGUGGCCGCACAACAUCCCCGUCCGCUCCAACUCCUUCAACAGCCACCAGCUGAGCGGCCGGCAGGGCCACCCGGCCAGCUCCCAGCCCUCGGCCACCACGGUGACGGCCAUCACCCAGGCCCCCAUCCUGCAGCCCGUCAAGAGCAUGAGGGUGCAGAAGCCAGAGCUGCACACCGCCGUGGCCCCCACCCACCCCCCCUGGAUGCAGCAGCAGCAGCAGCAACAGCAACAGCAACAGCAGCAGCAGCCACCCUCUCAGGGCCCCUACCAGGAGGGACCCGCCCCGAUGCCGCAGAUCGCCGUCAUGCCCGAAGUGCCUGGCUACCAGGGCCCCCCGCCCCCCUACCCCAAACGCCUCCUCCCGCAGCCCGCCCCGGCCUACGAUCCCACCCCCAAGAAUGGCGGCGGGAAGGAGGAGCCGGCGGAGGAGGAAGCCGGGGGAGGCGGGGGGAGUGGAGGCGGCACCGGCGACCGGUCGGAGGGUCCUGAGGGCGGGGCGGCGGGGGCGGCACCAGCAACAGACCGGGAGAAGAAGCAGAUAACCACGUCCCCGGUGCCCGUGCGGCGGAACAAGAAGGACGAGGAGCGACGCGUCCCGCUCUAUUCCCCGCAGGCCUUCAAGUUCUUCAUGGAGCAGCACGUGGAGAACAUCCUGAAGAACCACCAGCAGAGGAUCCGCCGCAAAAAGCAGCUGGAGAGUGAGAUGCAGAGGGUGGGCCUCUCGGGCGAGGCCCAGGAGCAGAUGCGCAUGAUGCUGUGCCAGAAGGAGUCCAACUACAUCCGGCUGAAGCGGGCCAAGAUGGACAAGUCCAUGUUCGUCAAGAUCAAGACGCUGGGCGUGGGCGCCUUCGGCGAGGUCUGCCUGGCGCGCAAGGUUGACACCAACGCGCUCUACGCCAUGAAGACGCUGCGCAAGAAGGACGUGCUCCUGAGGAACCAGGUGGCCCACGUCAAGGCCGAGAGGGACAUCCUGGCGGAGGCCGACAACGAGUGGGUGGUGCGCCUCUACUACUCCUUCCAGGACAAGGACAGCCUGUACUUCGUCAUGGACUACAUCCCGGGCGGGGACAUGAUGAGCCUCCUGAUCCGCCUGGGCAUCUUCCCCGAGGAGCUGGCCCAGUUCUACAUCGCCGAGCUCACGUGCGCCGUGGAGAGCGUGCACAAGAUGGGCUUCAUCCACCGCGACAUCAAGCCCGACAACAUCCUCAUCGACCGGGACGGCCACAUCAAGCUCACCGACUUCGGCCUCUGCACCGGCUUCCGCUGGACCCACGACUCCAAGUACUACCAGAGCGGUGACCACAUCCGGCAGGACAGCAUGGACUUCAGCAAGGAGUGGGAGGACUCGCCCAACUGUCGCUGCGGAGACCGGCUGAAGCCUCUGGAGCGACGGGCGGCGCGGCAGCACCAGCGUUGCCUGGCCCACUCGCUCGUCGGCACGCCAAACUACAUCGCCCCCGAGGUCCUGCUCCGCACCGGUUAUACCCAGCUCUGUGAUUGGUGGAGUGUUGGAGUCAUUCUGUAUGAAAUGUUAGUAGGACAGCCCCCUUUCCUAGCAACAACGCCCCUGGAAACACAAAUCAAGGUGACCAAAUGGCAGACCAGCCUGCACAUACCUCCGCAGGCCAAGCUGAGCCCCGAGGCGUCUGACCUGAUCGUCAAACUGUGCCGGGGCCCGGAGGACCGGCUGGGGAAGAACGGGGCAGACGAGAUCAAGGUGCAGCCCUUCUUCAAGGCCAUCGACUUCUCCAGCGACCUGCGGCAGCAGCAGAAGCCCGCCCCUUACAUCCCCAAGAUCGCCCACUGCACCGACACCUCCAACUUCGACCCCGUCGACCCCGACAAGCUGUGGAGCAGCGACGACGACGGCGAGGGCAACCACAACGACACGCUCAACGGCUGGUACAAGAACGGCAAGCACCCCGAGCACGCCUUCUACGAGUUCACCUUCCGCCGCUUCUUCGACGACAACGGCCACCCCUACAGCUCCCCCAAGCCCAUCGAGUACGAGGGCUACGACGAGGACGACCCCGACCUGGAGGGCCCGAGGGAGGGCCAGGGAGGGCAGGAGCCUGGACGGGGGGCUCAGGGGCGCGACCUGGUGUAUGUGUAGACACGUACGCCGCGCGUGCUACCAACUUUUUCUCGUGUCACUGCUGAUGCGUGAUACGACAGGGUGUAUCUCCAGGUUAUUAUAGGACAGGGAAGACCGUUUUUUUAGGCCAUGGGUGGCACAUGGUUGGGUCUUCCGCUCUUUGAGGUCCAGCACGUGGCGGGGCAUGUGUGGCCUUGUUAUAGAGAUGGAUCCCGGUGUCCGUUCAAGCAGAGGGGUUUGGAUCUGGCUCUGACCACACGAAAUGUGUAUUUAUUAUUAUGGGAUGUAUAUUGUAUGCUUCGACAGUGUGGUUGGAACAGAUGUAAAAAGGAAAUUGUUUAAUAUGUUUGGGUGCUCUUUACUUGGAAAAAGGUCCCCCCCCCCACCCCCGGAAAUGAACCUCUAUUAAGCCUUAAUUUAUUUGAAAUAUUGUAAACUGGUGAUAAUAGUAACGUUCAACAUACACUAUGGAACUUGUUUUGUAGCUGGAACUUAAUUUCGUUGCAAAUGUGUCUUAAUUUAUAUCUGAUUAGAUGUUGUGCAGAGAGAAGUUGGAAAGGGGAAUUGGCAGAAUUGGUCUGGACAGAAUUGCAGGGAUGGAAAAUUUUUAACUCUUGAAAUGCUGCAGUGCCUUUGAGAUCAUCUGAUUUCUUUUACCAAAUACAUAAGAAGAAAAAUUAUUCGGACUGGCAUUUAAAAAAAAAAAAAAAAAAUGAAAACACUAGUUUAAGCAAGAUAGCGGAUUGUGUUAGUUUGUGUAUUUCUUUCUAAUUUAUACAUAUAAAUGUAUUUAUAAAUUAUGCUGUAUAAAUUUGAUGUAAAUAAUGUGGUUCUCUAUUGUGUGGGUUUCAGUGGUGAACCUCCUUAAGGCAGGCCCUGUUCUACUUCAUUAUUCAAUUUAGGCCUUGGUUCCUCUAAGGUUGUUGAUCACUCUUGGCCUUCAACAAGUCUUACUGUACAUUUUCUGUCUCCACAAGAAAUAAAUGUAAAGCAUACCAAUUUUAUUGCUAAUGUUCAAAGCCGAGACGUAAUUUGGAGUGUUUUCUUAGAAUUCGUUAUAUGAAAUGCUCUCCUCUAUCCUGUGUGUGUUCUCGGUCUUCAGCAACUGUGCCUUCGUAGAAACAGCACCACCACCACCAUCACCGCCCAACCAAAGUACGAAGCAAUGCCUCGGAUGCUUCCCUGACAUGGCUGGCAGCUCAUAAAGGAUUAAUGCUAUAAAUGGAAGACUGUUUGUAAAAUGUGUGGGAAGGCACUCGAUAACGCUGCUUUAGAAGCUGGCUCAUGGCUCCCAAAGGGCUCACUUGCUGCAGCACACAUCUGAUCAAGUGUAUUUCUGAACUCUGGGGAAUUUUGGAGAGGUUUGAAUGUAGUUCUGGGUUUUUGAUCAUUGAUAUUCCUGCACUGUUUUUUUUUUUUUAAUUUUUUUUUUUAAACUGUAAUCAUGUUAACAUGAUAUCCAAAUUUGGUUAUUUAGUGUUAAAUGUAUUAUGGGGGUGGGUGCAGGGAGAGGAGGGUGAUGAAUAAAAUACGCAAAGCACAA